AUGCAGAACGAAAUAAAGGGAAUGAAGCAGACUCCUCGAGACAAUUCUUCCAUUGAGCAAUUUUAUGACCAGAAAACAAGAGGGUCUGACAUGUAUUCAAAACUGGCGGGGCAAUUCAAUAAAUCUCUUGAAGAUGUUUCACGAACACUUGAAAAUUCCAUGAAUCAUUCUGUUCAGCAAAUUGCAACGUUGGUGAAACACGACUUAGAGGCAGUUCGCUCACAGCUCAACGAACAGCAAAUCCGAUUAAAUCAAUCUAUUAUAGAUGUGUCAAGUCUGAAUCGUUCCCAUCAACAAUUGAAGAUACCAACGCUACUAGGUUUUCCGGAGGAUUGCACAACUGUAAAUCGUAAUUAUGCAAAAAGUCAAAACACCAGCGGUGGAGUCUUUGAUAUAUAUCCGGAAUCAAGAAACAAACCGGUUAAAGUUUACUGCGAUCUUUUAACGGAUGGAGGCGGAUGGACAAUAUUCCAAAGACGAAUGGACGGAACAGUAGACUUUUACAGAGAAUGGAACGACUAUGCCAAUGGAUUCGGAAAAAAGAAUAAAGAAAUGUGGUUGGGCCUGGAAACAAUCUAUCAACUGACAAAAAAUGGAAGUUACGAGCUGAGAGUUGAUUUGGAAGAUUUCAAUGGAACCACUGCUUAUGCAAAAUAUGGGUAUUUCUCUAUCGCAUCUGCAAGCGAAAACUAUACAUUACUAGUUGGAGAAUACUCUGGAACAGCCGGAGAUUCAUUGACGUAUCAUAACAAUAUGCAGUUUAGUACGAAAGAUUCUGACAAUGACAAAUAUUCCCGUAGCUGUGCAAUCGGUUGGAGUGGUGCUUGGUGGUACAAUAAGUGUUUUCUCUCCAAUCUGAAUGGGGUAUAUUACCAGGACGGGCGGUAUAAUGAGACAUCCGUUACUUGGAUUAAAUGGAGGAGCUAUCAUUCGCUAAAGUUCACAGAGAUGAAGUUUCGAAAAAAAACGUAG